UUCCAUUGCUGGAUUAAACAACUUCUCUCCGUAAGACGCGUAUUUCCCCGUAUGUGGGUCGGAAGAAAUAGUUGUCUCUACGUGCAGUGCUUUAGACUGGAUCUACGUAUUUAAGAUUGAUCCUCCUUUCUCACGGCCAACACUAGUCAGCAGAAUUUGCGGGGCGCACAUGCGGACGGCUCUCGUGACUGCCGCAAUGUCACUGACACAAGGUGCCUUGGGCAACGAGCUGGCCUACCACGAUGCUAUCAACAGUGCGAUGACCAUGAACGAGCUGCUCAGCCACAUGGGAUUCGAAUACGUGCAUUACGAAGAAACUCUCGCAGGCUUCCUUGAGGAACACCAUCUUGCCGUUCAUGAUCCCAGCUUCUCACAAGUACAACUACCAGGAAAUCAGGAGGUCCGAGAAAGCUAUAUCGUCACAAAUGUUGCAACGACCUUGGAAGAGUCCCCGGCUUUCGAAAGUCAGAGCCAGGCAGCCACCGUAGCGGCGCCUGUUCCGCAGGCGACCGUAACUGCUGUUGAUCAACAUCCACCAGCGGUACCUUCCGGAGCGGUUCCUGCCCCUGCGCAAGAAAGUGCCUACCUACUAACAGCCUCGGCCGUCACUCAUGCAAGACCAGAAUACAUUCGUCAGCAUCUGCCAGUCGCCGCUGUUUCUCCUACGGUCGGUUAUCGCGCACAACCUACUACAGCAGCGACAGUCGCCCCACAGUAUGCCCCAAGCAAUGGAAUUCAGCCUGGUGCUAUUACAGCGGAGAUUCCCUUGAAUGUGGUAAUCAAAUCCGGGGAAGCUUUUCCCCAGGGUCACCUCUACGGAAACGACCUUCCAGUGUAUCGAGAUAAGCCACCGUACGCGACUAAGUAUUUCCCGGUAUUCAAGGCCUUCCAACUUGCUUUGGGAAGGCGAAUACUCGACCCUCCAGCCCCCGCCCUACUGCCAAGACUAUUCCCGAAUACUCCUCGUGCUAACCAUCCCAGGCGUGGCAAUGACCUCCAUGAACUGCUCCACGGACAUCAUGAGCAUGGUCACGGCCGUCGUCAACAUAAACACGUCCCCACUGUAGGGCCAUCUGCUGCGGCGUUCGCUGCAGGUCAAGGUCUUGGACACACACUCGCAGCCCCUGGACAUCACGUAGGACGCCCUGCUGUUCCCCAAAAUGGGAUUCCAACAGUUGCUCACGCAAGCGGUCCGCACGGCCACUUCUUACACACUGCCUACGUACCAAGACCCGCUUCAAGCCACCAUACACGUGACCCAAGCCUUGUCCAACAGAGAGUGCCUAUUGGCUUGCAGAAUACACCUUCUCGCGUCGUCUUCGAAACGACAGAAAGUAAACCUGGAACAUCGAUACUUCAGCAAGCUUCAGUGAUUUCAGCUUCGGGAACGACUGUCUACCAUCAUGCUACAACUGUUGUUCGACAAGAUGCUCCUGAAGGGUUAAGUGUCCAGCAACACGGCAAUGCCCACGGGUACCAUACGGGUACCGUACCCAUUGUACCAGAUGUAGUCUUCGUGAAUGGCGCGGCUGCUCAGAAAGUCUCUCCCUCGAGGCAAGAAGCUCUGCUCUCAGAUGUUCAAGGGAACCCCUAUGUACAAACACAGAGUGACGUCACCGGAUAUGGAGUUCCACCUCCAGUUUUCUUCCAAACAACGCUACCUUUUACCAAACAAGCUAUUUCCACGCCCACUGCUCCAGGCCUGGUGUUACACAUGGAUCACCCGGUAGUUGCUGUUGCACCUCCAGGUGUCGGAAUACCAGCUGUGGUUGAUCUACAUCACGGAGCCCCCAGACAUAUCUUCAUGGCCGGACUGGGCAUCGGGCAUUCUUUGUCUUACGGGCCUCAAGACGGCAAUGGCUGGGAGUGGAGGUAUCUGGAUGCUAGGCGACGCAAGAAAUAGACAGCCUCCACGUCGGCCACUCCAGUUGAACCUGCAGUGCAGAUUUUUGCGAGCUCUUCGUCUUCAAGAGCUGCCAGCCUACGAGGGUUGUAUUCUUCUUAUAGAAGAACCGUUAUUUAGAUGGACGUGCCUGAUGAUGUGUUGGAGCGUUCGCCUCCUAUAGCUAUGAAGUAAAUUAUUUACACAAGCUAUCGUAUAUUGUUCCGAUAAUAUUUGUUUACGUCUAUUCCAAUAAACAUAUAUUGCUCAG